AUUAACAAUGAGUGGCAGAACUCAGAGAGUGGGAGAGUGUUCCCGGUCUAUAAUCCAGCCACAGGAGAACAGGUGUGUGAAGUUCAAGAAGCAGACAAGGCAGAUAUAGACAAAGCAGUGCAGGCAGCCCGCCUGGCUUUCUCUCUUGGGUCAGUGUGGAGAAGGAUGGACGCUUCAGAAAGAGGACGCCUGUUGGAUAAGCUUGCAGACUUGGUGGAACGAGACAGGACAGUUCUUGCAACCAUGGAAUCCCUAAAUGGUGGCAAACCGUUCCUGCAAGCUUUUUACGUGGAUUUGCAGGGGGUCAUCAAAACCCUUCGGUAUUACGCAGGCUGGGCUGAUAAAAUUCACGGGAUGACCAUUCCUGUAGAUGGAGACUAUUUUACCUUUACAAGACACGAACCCAUCGGAGUGUGUGGACAGAUCAUCCCGUGGAACUUCCCCUUGCUGAUGUUUGCCUGGAAAAUUGCUCCAGCUCUGUGCUGUGGCAAUACAGUAGUCAUUAAACCAGCAGAACAAACACCACUCAGCGCGCUCUACAUGGGAGCCCUCAUCAAGGAGGCUGGGUUUCCACCGGGAGUCAUCAAUAUUUUGCCAGGAUACGGGCCAACGGCUGGGGCAGCAAUAGCCUCUCACAUCGGCAUAGACAAGAUUGCGUUCACAGGGUCCACUGAGGUUGGAAAGCUUAUCCAAGAAGCAGCUGGAAGAAGUAAUUUGAAGCGAGUAACUCUGGAACUUGGAGGGAAAAGUCCCAAUAUUAUUUUUGCAGAUGCUGAUUUGGACUAUGCCGUGGAGCAGGCUCACCAGGGUGUGUUCUUCAACCAAGGCCAGUGCUGCACUGCGGGGUCUCGCAUCUUUGUGGAGGAGUCCAUCUACGAAGAAUUUGUGAGAAGAAGCGUGGAGCGGGCCAAGAGGCGCGUAGUGGGGAGUCCCUUUGACCCCACCACUGAGCAGGGACCCCAGAUUGAUAAGAAACAGUACAACAAGAUCCUGGAACUCAUCCAGAGUGGUGUGGCCGAGGGUGCCAAGCUGGAGUGUGGAGGCAAAGGGCUGGGCCGGAAGGGGUUUUUCAUCGAGCCCACAGUGUUUUCCAACGUCACUGAUGACAUGCGGAUUGCCAAGGAGGAGAUCUUUGGUCCUGUUCAGGAAAUUCUGAGGUUUAAGACUAUGGAUGAAGUUAUCGAAAGAGCCAAUAACUCGGACUUCGGACUCGUAGCAGCUGUCUUUACUAAUGACAUCAACAAGGCCCUCACAGUGUCUUCCGCAAUGCAGGCUGGGACUGUUUGGAUCAAUUGUUACAAUGCCUUAAAUGCCCAGAGCCCCUUUGGGGGAUUCAAGAUGUCUGGAAAUGGGAGAGAAAUGGGAGAAUUCGGUUUGCGAGAGUACUCCGAAGUGAAGACUGUGACGGUAAAGAUCCCCCAGAAGAACUCUUAAGAUGGCCAAGAAGGAAGGUGAAGGCCAGCCUGCAUGACUCUCCCUCUCUGCUUUCCCUGUGGGGCCCAGCUCUCAGGAAUCCAAAGUUGAUACUCGGUCCUUAUUUAAAGGUUGAAAUGGUAACGUGUAGGCCAGGCCAGUCACUGCAUACCUAAAGCAAAUCAGUUGGUCACGGUUUCUUGGCACUCUGUGAGGGGUCACCUGAUGAUACCCAAUACUGGGGAGAGUGGGAUGAAGGUGAGAGGUAGCUGUCGGGUACAUCCAGUGCCUCUUUCUGGAGUGACGGGCUGACUGAGGGAGCUGUAGUAGCUGAUGCCUUUUGUCACCAAGAACUUUCCUCUUAAGGAAAGGUAGCCUUUCCAUUGUCUUUGUUUUCCCCCUUCCGGGUUCUCCCUGCUCACCCACCCCUCCCGCUCCUCCAGGGAGAUCUCAGCUGAGCUCAUUUGGGGCAGAUGUUUGGGCUGGGAAAAAUUUUCCAAGGUUUUGCAGCCAAAUUACCGUUUUAUGUUAUCCAUUUCUUCAAAGCAAAACACGAAAUGGUUUUAGUUAGAGCCACACCAGAAUGAAAAUGCCAGGAGCUAGUACACUGCAGAUGUACUAGGAGGUAAGAACUUGGGAUAUUCCUGACCCAGUUCAGUUUUCUUACAUCCAUGAAUAACAGGAGUGAAAGAUGAGAAAGAUGAGACCUGGAGAUCAUCAUGUGUAGCUCACAGCUUCUGAGCUUGUUGCAUGGUGUGUGUGCGCGCGCACACAUGCGUUUAAUUCUUUGUUGGUUAUUCUGGAAUAAAGCAGGUCGUGGGUGGUUUUUUAUAGCUUGAUAAGAUCUUUUCCAAAACUUAUCUUUAAAAUCAACCAAGAAACGAUUUGAGUAGGCUUGAGAAUUUGGAAAAAGGUAAUGCUACGUGCCUUGCAGAAAUAAUUCCAUUUCCAGCACUGGCUGACAGUUCUUACUAAGUGAGUGAUCUCUGCAGUUGGAAUCUAUAGCUGCUCCUGCCCCCAGUGCCCACUGCACCUACACCUGCUGCUCCCAGUGCUAUGGGUGUUCCUUUGGCCGAUCA